UUGUUUCAAAUCAUACUCUCACUAAUAAUUCAAGAUGAAAGUAUUCCUCUGCCUUCUUGUUGCGUCGAUCGCGGGCCUUGCUGCCUCCAAUGAUGAUGUUGCACAUAUUAGCUACACUACACUGUCGGGUACAGCCGAUCCAGUCCACUCAGUCAAUUGGACUGUGGGUUUAAGACAUGAAACCACCUUUCAUUAUAUCAUGAAAGCACAAGCCUGGUUCGAUGAAGAAAAUUUUGGAUUUGAAACAAUUGAUUCUGAUUACGGUAAAGUUGUAACCAGUAUUGGAAGACUGGCCAACGAUUAUAACGAAAAAGUUGCAUGGCAGCUCUUCAUUUUGCCUGAAUAUCCAACCGAAUGGGGGACCAUUCCCGAUGAUUCCUUCAGAGCAAACAAAGCAGUCGAUAACAUUUUAAUUGAAGAUAACCAACACUUUCUCUUCAUUUACUUGGAAUAUAAGGAGAAGUAAAUUUUGAUUCAAUAGUUUUGAAAUGUUGAAAUAUGUCAUUUUAAGAUUAAAAUUUUACUGAAUGUAAGUUAAUUAAAUUCUUAUAAUACACAAAGAUUCAAAACAA